AUGAGCGACAGUGAAUACGAAUAUGAGGAAGAGUCUAGUUAUGUAACAUUUGACAUGGGAAGGGCUAUUUCUAGCAGUUUCGUCGAACAAAAGGCGCGCGCAGGAUGUCGUAUCGUGGGCAUGGAAGAGGGUCGACCUUUGUUGCAGUUGGGCGGAUUGACAUUUGAGGGAACAGUGGAUGAGACCAUUGGCACACAUUUGCUGUUUGAGAUCAAGGAAAAAGUGCAUGAUACAAAGGGUUUAUUGCCACUAUUGACAUCAAUGCGAACCGAAGACGAUGCGCCCAAACAACAGAAAUACUCUGCCGAAUACUUUUGCUCGACGGAAAACACCAUCAGAAUGGAUACAGUGACAAUAAGGCCUAGGGAACCCGUGAAAGAGACACCCAAGCUGAUUGAUGAGGAUGAAGAAGAAAUCAUGCUGUAG